GUCCCUCUCUCUCUGAAGAAUACCCCUCAUCAUCCCGUGUUGCUCGUACCAAAGUAUACCUAUACUAUUAUAUAUCUUUCGCCCACCAUGCAGUCCCGCCCCUCGCGCCCCAUGCAGCAUGUUGACCGCAAAGACAUCUACACCAACCUGGAGGCGCGGAUACAGUACCUGCACACCUUCCUCGACUUCAGCUCCAACGACAUCGAGGCCCUGAUUUCGGGGGCAAAGUACAUCAAGGCGCUGAUUCCCGCCAUUGUCAACAUUGUCUACAAGAAGCUGCUGCAGUACGACAUUACGGCGCGGGCCUUCACGACGCGCAGCACCAGCUUCGAGGGCCCCAUGGACGACCAGCCCGGCGAGGACAGCCCGCAGAUCCUCCACCGCAAGAUGUUCCUGCGGAGCUACCUCGCCAAGCUGUGUUCCGAUCCCAGCAAGAUGGAGUUCUGGGAGUACCUGGACAAGGUCGGCAUGAUGCACGUGGGCCGCGGCCGCGAGCACCCGCUGCACGUCGAGUACGUGCACAUUGGCGCGUGCCUGAGCUUCAUCCAGGACAUUCUCAACGAGGCCAUCCUGUCGCACCCGCGCCUGCACAUGUCGCGCAAGAUUGCCCUGACCAAGGCCCUCAACAAGGUCAUCUGGAUCCAGAACGACCUGUUUGCCAAGUGGUACGUGCGCGACGGCGACGAGUACGCCGACGAGAUCAUGGAGACCGUCGUCGAGCGCGAAGGCUACCUGCAUGGCAAGCGCAUCCUCGGCGAGAGCAGCGAGAGCGAUUCCGACCAGGACAAGCCCGCUGGUGUAUGCCCCUUCAGCGGCAUGGGCGCCGACGCAAAGAGUGGCGAGAGGGCCGGCGAGGCAUAGGCUGGCCUUGUCUCUCUUUGCGUUGAAUAUAUCAUCGAGUCGUCUCUCUGUAAGACUUUAUGGGCUCGUGGGUACGGUCAAGGCGUUUUAUGGCUGGGGCUGGGUUAGUCGCGAAAUAGCACAGAUGUUUUUUUUGCAAUUGUAAGAGGUUUCUUCUUCCAACCAGGUUUCCUUUUUUUUCCUUCUGUCUUGGAAAAAGUCGCCACCAAACGCCAUAUAGUACUACAAUGUUUCUGCCAGAGGUUGUCUCACACACAUAUCCAACCGCUUAGCCAGACGUCAUUGCUCAGUUGCACGUAUCUAUCGUUAGAUCGGAAAUCUCAGUCAUCGCAGAUGAGAUCGAAUUCCGGGAACAUGGGGUCCGGCCCCAGGUUUAUGGUCCCCGCCGUCCCAUCCUCCCCGCUGGGAUUGGAGAUGGUUGGUUCGGCUGCGGCGGCCGUCGUGCU